GGCACAGAGCCCCAAAAGAAAAGAAGAGAAAAAAAGUUUGUAAGAAACAAAGACUUCUAUGUUUGUUGGUAACGCCUGAGAGCAGCAGCGAGAAGGCAUUUGCUGUUCAUCGCCUGGCUGUCGUUUCUUAGUCUCACGUUGUCGCCGGCCCAACCAAUUGUAACUAUUUGUGUUGGUUUGUUUUCGGAUAUAAAUAGCGGACCCAAAAUUUGUUCGCAAGCUCCGCUUUUCUCCGAAUCAACAUCACCUCAUCGCCUUCGCUUUCUCUCACUCUAGAGCUCUUGUUAGUUCCAUCAGGAUGAACGACUUACUCACGGAUUCAUUUGCUGGGGAUGCCAGAGAUCAGCCAUCUAGAGAACCAGAUAUUGAGAUGGGAACUCGGGUCCCUAGGAGUAAUUCUGAUUUGGGAAUGGAAGCUUUCAAUAAGCAGAUACAAGAUGUUAAUAAGCAAGUAGAUAAGGUCUCCAUGUUACUUCAGAAGCUUAAGGAUGCAAAUGAGGAGUCAAAGUCUGUUACAAAAGCAUCUGCCAUGAAAGCAAUCAAAAAGCAUAUGGAAAAAGAUGUUGAUGAAGUCGGAAAGAUUGCACGGAAUGUCAAAACAAGACUUGAAGCAAUAAGUAAAGAUAAUUUAGCCAAUCGACAGAAGCCUGGAUGUGGAAAGGGAUCAGCUGUUGAUCGAUCAAGGACAAAUAUGACAAAUGCCUUGACCAAAAAGUUCAGGGACCUAAUGAUUGAAUUUCAGACUCUUAGGCAGAGGAUUCAAGAUGAAUAUCGUGAGGUGGUGGAGAGAAGGGUCAUAACCGUCACGGGAACCAGACCAGAUGAAGAGACGAUUGACAACCUGAUAGAAACUGGAAACAGUGAACAAAUCUUUCAGAAAGCUAUGCAAGAAAUGGGAAGAGGACAGGUAAUGAACACUCUGGAAGAAAUUCAGGAGAGGCAUGAUGCCGUGAAGGAAUUAGAGAAAAAGCUUCUGGACUUACAUCAGAUUUACCUUGACAUGGCGGUCUUAGUUGAGGCUCAGGGAGACAUACUAGAUAACAUUGAGACCCAGGUUUCGAGUGCAGUCGACCACGUCCAAUCAGGUACAACUGCACUUCAGACUGCAAAGAAACUUCAGAAGAAUUCCAGAAAAUGGAUGUGCAUUGCCAUUAUAAUUCUCUUAAUAAUAGUAGCAGUCAUAGUCUUAGGCGUCCUCCAUCCUUGGAAGAGUAGCUAAGGGUGCUCUUAGUCUUUUUCACCUCUGGUUGCUCUCAUCUGCGUUGCCAAUGUGGCAUUUUCAUGGUCUUAAGUUGAUUGAGAAAGCAUCAUUAGUUUUAGCCUUUGCAUGGUGUGCUUAUUAUGUGCAUUGCAAUUCUUCUUUUUUCCUUUUUUUUUUAAUUUCCCCUUUUUAAU